AUGCGUAUCUUACGGAAUCCAUUAUUAGUCAUUGACUUUGACAAGACUGUGACUAUUAAAGAUACGAUUGCACUCUUGGCUCAAUUUGGCAUUGAUCAUAAUAAAAAGAGUCAACCAUGGUCUUACUACACCCAAGCUUAUUUACAUGAUUAUAAUCAACAUUGCCCCAACCAACCCAACCACGACUCGGUCAGCCAGCUGCUACACCAUCUUAACAGUUACAAACACGUUGAACUUGCUUCAUUGGCACGUGUCAGUCAAGGCAAAGUGUUUCAAGGUUUAACAAGAGAUAUGCUUUACGAACAAGGUAAACGACAUCAACAUCUACUCCAGCCUGAUCUUGUCUCUGUUCUCUCUCAAAUCCCUAAACAGUUCAUCCGUGUUGUCUCUGUCAACUGGUCCAAGGAUUGGAUCCUCGGCUUCUUACAUGAAUUAGAUUUAUCACGUCAUCAAAUCUAUUCAAAUGAUCUUGAUUUUCAAGGUCUUCAUUCGACAGGUGAUAUCAUUCCUUCCAUUCUGACCACAGGUGAUAAACAAGAGGUCAUCCGUACCUUUCAAUCUUCUGUUGUCUAUAUCGGUGACUCUUUGGGUGAUUUAGAGCCUCUUGUGAACGCAGAUGUAGGCAUUAUCCUAGGUCGUGACCCUUCUUUAUGGCAGGCUGUCAACCAAUUUAACCUUAAUUUACAUCGUGUGGACCACUGGUUACAAAUAAAGAAAAUAUUGCAAUCCAUGGUUUAUUAUAAUUAA